AUGGGAGCCCCGAAGCAUAAGUGGACAGACGAGGAAGAAGAAGCUCUUCUGGCUGGAGUACUCAAACAUGGAACUGGAAAAUGGCGUUUCAUACUCGCAGACUCCGAGUAUUCCGCAGUUUUGCACUCUCGCUCAAAUGUGGAUCUCAAGGAUAAAUGGAGAAACAUAAGUGUAGCAGCUACAUGUGGAUCUAGGAAGAAGGCUAAGCAUGAUGAUGAUAGCACUAAAGCUCUUACCAUUUUGGCUCUGACUAAUGGUGAUGAUGGAGGACAACAGACUGUUCCAGCAUCAGCUCCUCUUGCACUUUCUUGUGAACCACCACAAGAUUUUUAUACAAGUGUGGAUAACCUGAUCUUGGAGGCUAUAACUAACUUCGAGGGACCGUUGGGUCCUGACAGAAAGUCAAUCUUGCUGUAUGUAGAGGCGAAUGCCAAUAUGCAACUGGAUAUGGAACCGCUUGUGACUGCAAGACUUGAGCAGUUGAUCAAUGUUGAAACAAUAGUUAAGAUCGAGCACAGAUACAGUAUUUCUCCGGGCUAUGCAGUUGCAAAAGCAAUUGCAGAAGCAGAGUUGGCACUAGCAGAAGCUGAAGCAGCGGCAAGAGAAGCAGAAUACGCAGAAGCCAAGGCUGAAGCUGCCAGUAUUUUUGCAAAAGCUGCAAUGAAAGCUUUGAAAGAAUACAAUGCAACUCGGUAAGAGAUAUUGUGAUGUUGUUCUGUGCAGAUAGGGAAGACUGGUCAUGUCUGAACCUUGCAUCUAAAAAAU